AUGGUCGUCCGCAUCCGGCUCGCGCGGUGGGGCCAGCGCAACCGGCCGUUCUACCGGAUCGUGGCCGCGGACGCUCGCGCGCGGCGCGACGGCCGCUUCCUGGAGGUGCUGGGCGCGUACAACCCGCUGGCGGCGUCCGCGCCGGAGGCCAAGCACCACAUCAAGCGCGUCUGGCUCAACGUCGGGCGCAUCAACCACUGGAUCAGCGUGGGCGCCCAGCCGACCGACACGAGUACGUCUCCCUCGCGCGCGCCGCGCGCGCCGGCCGAGGGUUGA